AGUCACCGCUGACUAUCCUCGGACAAACUAGCAAGGAUGAGUUACGUCGCUAAGGGCGAAAAGGAAUACGAUGCCGCGGGUGCCAUCCCUCCCGCUAAAAUUCACAAAAUCCGCAUCACGCUCUCAAGCAGCAAUGUGGCAAGCUUGGAAAAGUUCAGCAGGGACUUGAUCAACAGGGCUAAGGACAAACAGCUUCGUGUCAGAGGUCCAGUCCGUCUUCCUACCAAGUCUCUUAAGAUCACCACCCGCAAGUCUCCUUGUGGUGAGGGAUCUAAGACCUGGGAUACCUUUGAACUUAGAAUCCACAAGAGGCUGAUCGACCUUGUCUCUUCAAGCGAGAUCGUCAAGCAGAUUACCUCGAUUUCGCUUGAGCCUGGUGUCGAGGUGGAAGUCACCAUCUCUGCUUAAGUGGUAUUGAAGUUUACAUCACAAUGUAUUGUCAUGCGUUUCAAUACAAUUCAAGGUCGUAUUUUUAACGUUUCUGAUGAUUGUGCGUUUUCUCCGGUAUUGGCUUCUACCCCGAGUAAAAGUGAAAUAUAUGAUACAUAAUGUUACAUGCGAUGACCUGCAUCACCUUUCCGAUGCGAAUGGCUAACUAGUUCCCACCCUUCAUAUACCCGCAUUCACCCCCACAUCCGCCUCCCAUCCGGCCUCCGGCAAAAUCUUCUAUCGC